AUGGCGGGAAAGAUGAAGGCACUCCACUACGACGGCCCGUUCAAGGUGUCCGUGAAGGACAUUGACGUGCCCAAGAUCCAACAUCCCGACGAUGCCAUUAUCAAGGUCACAACCACCUGCAUUUGCGGUAGCGAUUUGCAUGUAAGUCUCGCUGUCCCAUUGUAGCAGAAGAAGUAGAUCCUGACGCCUGCGCUCCCAGAUGUACGAGGGCAGGACGGCAGCGGAGGCCGGCCUGGUCUUUGGACAUGAAAAUAUGGGUGUCAUCACAGAGGUCGGUCCCGGAGUGACCCUCCUGAAGAAGGGCGAUCGAAUUGUGCUGCCAUUCAACGUUGCAGACGGCCGGUGCAGGAACUGCGAGGAGGGCAAGACAGCAUUCUGCACAGGUGUAAACCCGGGCUUUGCGGGCGGCGCGUACGGCUACGUUGCAAUGGGUCCAUAUCAAGGAGGACAAGCUCAAUAUCUGCGUGUGCCGUACGCAGACUUCAACGGGUUGAAGCUCCCAGAGGGCACGGCGCAUGAGGCAGACUUUGCUCUUCUCGCAGACAUCUUUCCCACUGGAUGGUAAGUAACGGCAUAGAUGAGAGGCGCCCCUUUGCAUCGUCUUCGCCCAUUGGAAGGGCGUCUGAGAGGCUGCCACCGCUGUGCGAAGACGCUCGUGGUCUGAGACAUCUGCUGACCUUCCAUCACUCGAUUUUAGGCACGGACUCGUUCUGUCCGGGUUCAAGCCCGGCGAGAGUGUGGUCGUCUUCGGCGCAGGUCCAGUCGGUCUCAUGGCUGCAUAUUCUGGCAUCAUCCGCGGAGCCUCGAACGUCUUCGUCGUGGAUCAGGUCGAGGAACGCCUUGACCAAGCCAAGAAGAUCGGUUGCAUACCCAUCAACUUCAGAGACGGCGAUCCGGUGAAGGCAAUCAUCGAGAAGAACGGCGGAAUGGUCGAUCGAUCGGUAGAUGCAGUAGGAUACCAGGCCGUGAGCUCGGGCGGCAACAAGGAGCAGCCAAACAUCAUCUUGGACCAGAUGAUCAUGGUGACCCGGGCAUGCGGCGGCUUAGGUAUUCCGGGUUUGUACGUCCCAUCGGAUCCUGGUGCACCCGACGAGCAGUCCUCCAAGGGAAUGAUCUCCAUGCCAUUCGGAAAGCUAUUCGAGAAGGGACUCUCACUGGCUACUGGUCAAUGCAACGUGAAGGCAUACAAUCGGUACCUCCGCGAUCUCAUCAUUGCUGGCCGCGCGAAGCCGUCGUUUGUGGUAUCGCACGAACUAGACCUUGAGGAUGCUCCCAUGGCGUAUGUAUCGACGGUUCGCAUGUGUGGCUGGUGUGCUGACGUUCUCUGUGCAGGUACGAGAAGUUCGACAAACGUAUCGAGGGUUAUACCAAGGUCUUGCUGCACCCGAACGGCCCACUCGCAUAG